AUGGAGAAUGAGUUACGGACGACGUUCGAAGCAGGUACUAGGCUGCGAGCGCAUGGCUUGACAAAUAACUUAACACAAGUCGAAAUAUCCAACGACGCGGACAUCGUAGACUUCUCCGAAAAGACGUGCACUUGUCGUGAGUUCCAACUGAAUCGUAUGUCGUGCGUUCACGCAACCCGUGCUGCUUGCUUGAGAGGUAAGUCAUUGUACGAUCUCUGCUCACCGUAUUACACAUCCGAGUACUGGAAGGGUGCCUAUGGAGAAGCUAUAUAUCCUGUUCAGCGUGAAGUGGACUGGAAUGUAGACCACCCACACGACGUAAGCGAUCCAGACACGAGUGCACCACACGGCUCAGGAAAUGCACUCGUUGCGGUGGACUUGGUCAUAAUCGGACCACAUGUUCGAACCACACUGUACCACGUCCGAUGUAAGCAGCAUUUUGUACGUGAGUGGUUGAAGUUGUAA